AUGACGACAUUACGUCAGGUAACGGCUCUCCUGGCUCUACCGGCAACCCUGCGUCCCUUGCUCUUUGCUGCACCGACGACGACGACACCCUCAUCAGCUUCACAGGGGCGGCGAUGCUUCCAUGCGACGUGCCGGGCCUACGCCCGAUACUUGAGACGGCCACUGUCGGUGGGCGCCUUUACUAUCCCGCAUAGCCCGGCCUUGCCUUUGUCAGAGAUCCCCAUCAAGGAGCUGCUGCAGUCUCCCAAAUCCGACAAGUCUCUCGCGGACGAGUUGAACAAACUUUUUACCCAGAACCCCGCGACUUUCUACCAUGGAACCUCCGACUUUUACGAGCUGAAAAAGAAUACUCGGAUACCAGAAAUAUGUAUUCUCGGUCGUUCCAAUGUCGGCAAGUCGACCUUUGUCAAUGCGCUCGCAAAUCGCCGGGAAAACGAGCUCGCGCACACGAGUGCAAGAGCAGGCCGCACAAAAGCUAUGAAUGCCUUUGGUUUUGGGCCCGCACCGACGAUGAAGGAGCUGGCAGAUACGGAUACGGUCACCAAGCGGACGGAAGACUUGCCCAAACACAGCUUUUUUGUGCUCGACAUGCCGGGAUAUGGACACAAGUCCUUGCAGGACUGGGGCAAACACAUCAACCUGUACCUGACCAAGCGACAGGCAAUCAAGGGUGCCAUCCUACUGAUUGAUGGAGAAGUAGGGCCCAAGAGCGGCGACCUAAUGGCACUAGAGCUUCUGCAGGCGGCCGGGCUCAAGACGGCGAUUGUGCUGACCAAGGCCGACAAGGCCAAGCACGAGGAGAUUCUUAAGGAAACCUGCAAGAAGAUGUGGUUGACGAUGCGUGACGUACACUCAAAGGAUCCAAACAGCAAAUGGGAAUGGGACCAAGACUUCUUCGUCACCGCACUUGGUGCAACGAAAAAGGAGAUUGGCAUCGACUCUGUAGCCAUUGCGAGGUUAGCAGUCGCACGACUGGCAGGCUUGGUGACAGAAAAAGAACGCCCAGAGAUCGCGCCCGCCAAAGGCUACAGUGGAGCAGUGGUUUCUUUCGAGGAUCUAUUUGCCCAGAGCACGCCGCCGCAGGUAUCCAGCGUCAAGGACUCGCCCAAGACAGAGACUCAGACGCCUGCACCCGCUAUGAGCUCUUCGGAAUCUGCUUUGGCGGCACUCGAACAAGCUUCGGGAGAACAGCACAAAGCCCGUCAGUCCGUCGGCCGCAUGCUGCCCCGCAGAGCUGCUAUAUCUCGUUUGCGGCGAACCAUUUCUCGAUCUCCGCCGCUGACUCGCACAGGAACAGAGACAGGAAGGCAGUUCAGUACCUUGAGCUGGGCCAGCUGUCCGGCUACUUCACAAAAGUUGUGCCGCCCCAGCAUCACCACUAGACAGCCAUUAUUUCGAUCUCAUGUCCAUGUUAGAAAUCUCAAAACACUACCAGGUCAUGAGCGGUUGAAUCCAGAGGAACUUGAGGCAGCAAUCAAGGAGUUUGUGGAGGGACUCAAGGCUGCGCAAACACCCAUGGAUCGUGCACAGUCUUAUCAGCUCUCAAGCCGUCUGGAUCGCCCAAAACACAAGUUGUGGGAUCCCACUUUCCUCCCGCCGCGCGAGACCAACGAGGAAAGGCAGAGCAGGAUACAAAAGAUGAAGGAGAAAAAGUUGCAACAUUUGCAGAUAUAUCGAGAACGCUUGGCGACGGAGAAAUUCCGAGCCUCGCAGCAGAAAGAGAGGCAAAUGAGGCGCCGGCAUCAAGAUGAGCAAAAGAAGAAUCUCCAGAAGCAGCGAUACGAGAUGAUCCGCAAUGGGGACAAGCAAACCAAUGACGAAGAAGAACAACUUGAAGAUGGUCGGCGUCUGAUUGCCGAGGCGCAGGAUAAGGCAAAGGCUUUACGUGGCAAAAAGCUCAAGAAAGCCGUUAAAAAUGCAGAAAAGCAAAGGAGGAAAGAAGAGAAGAAUAAGAAGAAGCAGAGAAAUGAGGAUGAAGACGAGGCAGAUGAGGAUGACUCUUUCGAAUCUAAAUUUCGAAGUGUAAGAUAA